GUCAUUUGCGCGCUUCUGGCACGCAUUUUCCCGUCAACUUGCAAUUCUCAACCAUCAACUCCAUCGGGAAGAAAAUAUCGUGUGGAAAAGCGCCAGGUUUUGCUUUAUCCAUUUCCCUCGGAACUUGUAAGUCGUACGCUUUCCGGGUCAGGAACCUGCAGCAUUCGAAGAGUGUGGCCACAGCCUGUAAAAAAAAGUUCCGUUAACGCACUUGAGUGAACCGACUUACGGAAGUCAGCUGCAAAUGGCGGCAGUGGAAACGAAACCGGUUCCGGUGCAGGAUAAUCCGGAACAGCACGAGGAGGAUCGAGACACGGUCAACGACGAGAAUGCCGACGAAAACGUUCCGGACGACAAAAAGAAAAAGAAGAACAAACCCAAGCGACCCAAGAAGACAGCUGCUGAAAAAGCUGAAGCUGCUGCCCUGAGAGAAGCUCAAGCGGAAAAGGAAGCUGCGGCAAAAGCUGAAAAGGCCGCUGCCAAGGAGGCCGAAAAACUGAAGAAACAAGAACAGGAAGCAGCCGAAGAAGAUGACGAUGAUGACGAAGGUGCGGCUGGAGAGGGUGGCGCGGAUGCUGCCAAAAAGAAGAAGAAGAAGCGCAACAAGAAAAAGACUGCCGGUGCCGGAGCAACCGCUUCCGGUGGAAAGUUGGUGGCACCUUCGGUACCAAUUUCCGAACAAUUUAAAGACGGUAACUUCCCGGAAGGGGAAAUCAUGCAGUAUCCCGAUUCCACCACGGCCAAAGAUCGCUUCACCAGCGAAGAAAAGCGUGCCCUCGAUCGAAUGCACUUGGAUAUUUACAACGAGCUUCGACAGGCAGCUGAAGCUCACCGGCAGACUCGUCAAUACAUGCAGAAGUGGAUCAAACCGGGUAUGACCAUGAUCGAGAUCUGUGAAGAGCUGGAGAACACAGCGAGGAGGUUGAUUGGCGAAAACGGUUUGGAGGCAGGGUUGGCUUUUCCUACCGGUUGCUCCAGGAAUCACUGUGCCGCUCAUUAUACUCCGAAUGCUGGUGAUCCGACUGUUCUUCAGUACGACGAUGUUACGAAAAUCGAUUUUGGAACACACAUAAAGGGACGCAUCAUAGAUUGUGCCUUUACGCUUUCGUUCAAUCCAAAAUACGAUAAACUGCUGGAGGCUGUCAAGGACGCAACCAAUACCGGAAUCAGAGAGGCCGGUAUCGAUGUGAGGUUAUGCGAUAUUGGAGCAGCUAUCCAGGAGGUUAUGGAGUCUUAUGAAGUAGAAUUGGACGGCAAAACUUAUCAGGUGAAGAGUAUUCGGAACCUUAACGGUCAUUCGAUUAGUCCCUAUCGUAUUCACUCCGGAAAAACGGUACCGAUCGUUAAGGGAGGAGAAACGACUCGCAUGGAGGAGAACGAGUUCUACGCCAUCGAAACGUUCGGCUCGACUGGUCGGGGAAUGGUGCAUGAUGAUAUGGACUGUUCACACUACAUGAAGAACUUUGAAGCUCCCUUCGUGCCAUUACGUUUGCAGUCCUCGAAGCAACUGCUGGGGCUGAUCAAUAAGAAUUUUGGAACGUUGGCUUUCUGCAAACGCUGGCUCGAUCGUGCCGGAGCAACGAAAUAUCAAAUGGCUCUAAAAGAUUUGUGCGAUAAAGGUGUCGUCGAAGCUUAUCCUCCGCUGUGUGACGUCAAAGGAUGCUACACGGCUCAGUACGAACACACCAUCAUGUUGCGUCCUAGCUGUAAGGAAGUCGUAUCACGUGGUGACGAUUAUUGAGCGUUCGUUUUUCUACUAGUGCACCUUCUGCAUAUACACAACAUAUAACUAACACAUAUUCAGUUUAACGUUUUAUAGGCAGUUCGCAAGGUAGAUGCCAGCGUAGUGAGCAGUAAGACAUUUUCUGCUUCCCAUCGAAUUUUUGAACCAGUGAAUAAUGAUGCAAAAAAGUGAACGUAUUGAACAGUCUGUUUAGUUUUUUUUUUUUUUGAAAAUUACGUCCAAAUCAUGUUGGGUGGCAUAUUGAAUAUAUUGGCGUAUUUGAAUAAAUGCAAGUAUGCGUUGGUAA